AUGUAUAACUCUAUCAUCAAGGCGGUGAGGAAAACCAUAUCCGCUGAGAAGAAUAGGUUUGAGAAUGAUACAUAUGACUUGGACCUCACAUAUAUAUGCGAGCGAGUAAUAGCAAUGUCAUUCCCAGCAGAGGGCGUGGAAAGUGCCUACCGCAACUCUAUACAUGAUGUGGCACAGAUGUUGAACGAACAUCACUUUGACCAUUAUAGGAUAUAUAACCUCAGCGAGAGGAAGUACGACUACAACCUGUUCAAUGGCAAUGUGCAUGAUUGGUGCGGCUUUCCAGACCACCACGCACCGCCUCUGGCACUGAUGUUCAAGACGGUGAUAUCUAUAUACAAUUAUCUGCAGGAGGAUCCAUUCAAUGUGGCCAUCGUGCACUGUCUGGCAGGCAAGGGACGCACGGGCACCACCAUCUCGGCACUGAUGAUGUACGCUGGAUUGUUUGAUAAUCGUGAGGAUGCCAUGCGAUACUUUGCCGUGAAGAGAUCGUCCAACAACUUUGGAAUCACUGGUCCCAGUCAAAUACGAUACAUCCACUACUUCUCUGACAUCUAUCAUGGCAACCAAGUGCCCAACGAAGAGCCCAUAUUCCUUCGUUGUAUAACAAUGAACACAAUCCCAAAGUUCUUUAUGGGACCAAUGAAACAAGGAAUAUGCCCUGUUCUAACGAUAUACUCGGCAACACAGAAGGGUCUGCGGAUAUUUAGUUCGGCACCAGAUGGCGAGACGAAAGAGACGAGGACUUAUGUGGCAGGUCCAGCACAGUUGGUGUUUGAGGUACGCAAGGUAGUCCGUGGAGACAUAUUGGUAGUGCUGUCCAACGUCACUCCAUUCUAUCGCGUCGAGCAGAUCUGUCGAUUCAACUUCCACACGGGCAUGUUCCAGUUGCCCAACCUCAUACUCUACAAGACCGAUCUGGACGGAGCCGAAGGCGACAAACGAUUCUCCAACGACUUUCAUCUCAAACUGGAGUUUGAGCGGCUGACGACACCGCUACCAAACAACCAGUUGCAAAUGUAUCAAAAGGAGAUCAAGAAGGAGAAGAAGUGGAUCAAUAUGAGCAGCAGCAUGGCAAACAACACGAAUAGUUUCCGAACGAGUAGUGGCAGCAAACAGAACAAGACUGGCUCAGUUCUAUUCUUCCCGACAAACAACGCAGAGAAGAUCAAGUUGGCAAAGGAUGUCGUGUCCAAGCAGGGCACGAUCUGUGUGCGCAGUGGCUAUCUGAUGAAGAAGGGACACAAGAUCAAGAGUUGGCGACGUAGAUGGUUUGUGUUGCGCGAUGGCACACUGUCAUACUUCAAGUCGCCCAAGGACUCUGCGCCCGCUGGAACCAUCCCACUGGCAGACAUCGAGCACCUGAUCCUGGACGACGAGUCACUGGCGCGCGAGGGCUACUCACACAUCUUUCAGAUCGUCACGGUCAAGAAGAUCUUUGUGAUUGCAGCCGAGAAUGAGGGCGACUAUGAAGAGUGGACCGAGAUGAUUCAGAAUGCCAAGUUGGCCGUUCAAGAGGCCGGCCGACUGUUUAUCGAGGUGAUCGAUGUCAAGUACUCGAUCAGUGACGACAUUGAUAGCACUGGCAAUCUGACUGGACCAGUAUCCGAUCGAUCAGACAUUGAUUUGAUCACCUACCUGACGGUGGGCAUGGGCAAGAAGAAGGAUGUGACGGCGCAGGUGGCGACCAAGCUCAAUCCGACAUUUCAGUAUGCCGGAGACUUUGUCGUGUAUGAUCAGCCACAGGACCUGGUAGUUGGAUUCUGGUUCCGAUCAUCAAUGCUCGAGGUCAAGGAUACGUUGGUGGCCGAGUUACACAUACCAUACACUGCACUGAGGAACAGACCAUUGAGAACAGAUUAUCGACGAUUCAACCGUGUAUAUACAUCAUUCCUAUCAAACCUAGAGAUAAGGAUUGGAACAUCAUACAAGUCAACUGAUGAUAGUAGUAAUAGUAAUAGUAGUAAUAAUUGCACAAGUAGUAACGAACAACAAUCAAGAUCAUUCGGAGGAUAUAGAUCAAUACAACCAGAUACACAGACUCGCAAGUUUGAUAACCUGAUAGGCAAGAGUAGGACCAAUAGUUUGAAUCAAGAACAAUGUCAACAGCGUUACAGUCAUUCAAUCAUUACAACCGACCUAUCACUAUCACUCAACAGCAUCAACAUUAGCAACGAAGAGAACAACCACAACAACAACAACAACAACCGAGAAGAUAACAAUAAUGAUGAGGAGGAUAUAUCUAUGACGAUGACCAAGAACCAACAGGUCAUACUGAAUGGCAUGUCACCAGACUCUUUAUUCCUAGAGACGAUACAUCAACAACUGGAGGAUGUAGGUGAUGAUCUCGACUUGUACGAUAGCAUUGAGAGCACACACAUCAUAGAGGAGUUUGAAAAGGUAUAA